AUGGAUGUUGGUAUAUCACGAAUUAAUGAUUGGUGGAAUGAAGUACUCAAAGAUGCAGAUCCAAGAGUUGAUGAUUAUUUCAUGAUGUCAAGUGCGUUGCCAAGCUGGAUAAUAGUGGGUUUAUAUCUACUGUUUGUAUGGAGAGGCCCUAUAUGGAUGGAAAAGAGGAAACCAUUUGAAAUAAAUAAUAUCCUGAUUGUAUUUAACUUUUUCAUGAUAGGCGUGUCAGGAUAUGUUUUCUAUGAGUUCUUAGCGUCGGGAUGGCUAGCAGGAUACACGCUAGGAUGUCAAUUGGUCGACUAUUCAUCUAGUCCUCAAGCUCUCCGGAUGGUUCGUGUUUGUUGGUUAUUUUAUUUCUCAAAGUUUUUUGAAUUAUUUGAUACGAUAUUCUUUGUUUUGAGGAAAAAAACAAAACAGAUCUCAUUUCUACAUGUGCUCCAUCAUGCUAUUAUGCCAGUCAGUUGGUGGUAUGGUGUUAAGUUCGUUGCAGGUGGUUUUGGUACUUUUCAUUCUCUAUUGAAUUCGUUUAUCCAUUUUUGGAUGUACACUUACUAUGGAAUGGCAGCUAUGGGACCUAGCAUGCAGAAAUAUUUGUGGUGGAAAAAAUAUAUGACCUCUAUGCAAAUUACGCAGUUCGCAUUGGUAAUGCUUCACACAAGUCAACUUCUUUUUACUGACUGUUCCUAUCCCAAGUUUUUCGCAUUCCUAAUAUUUUUAUAUGCGUUUGUUUUUAUCGUAAUGUUCUUCAAUUUUUAUCUGAAAACUUACAAGGAUAGUCACAAGACAAAAACUCAAAAGUCGUCUAAGAAUGGCAGUGUCACCAACGGAAUCAAAUCAAAGAAAGUCCGCUAAACUUUUUCUUUUUAUAGAUCUUUUAAUAGAUCUAGAACAAUGUCACUAAUUAGUGUACAGACAACACGACGUGAUCCAGAAAACCUGUGUUUUACUUAUUACUGUAAAAUCUGUAUUAGAAGCUGCGACUUCUAUUAAAAUGGUACAAUGCAACAGA